AUGGCGGAUGAAUCUUUGAACAAUAUCAGCUUGAAGGCCUUGGUGAAUAAAGGGAGCAACAGAGUUAUCUUCAUAGAGUCUGGUCAUGAAUUCAUAGAUGUUCUCAUCAGUUUCUUGACACUGCCCAUGGGAACAAUUAUCAAGCUUGCUCGCAAUCAUUCUGCACCACUGGGAAUAGGUUGCAUGAAGAAUUUGUAUGCAAGUGUUAAGGAUAUUGAUGUGCAGCAUUUUCGGACUAAUUGUUGGGACAUGUUGCUAUGUCCACGAAAUGGAGCUGGACCGAUUGUAGAGAACCUCGAAAUGAACAUUGAUGAUUGUGAUAACACACGGUUCUUUAGGUGCUCUAAUGUUCCUUGUUGGACUCCAACUAGGCUUAGUUAUUACAAUACCGUUCCUUGUCGUUGUGGAAAUCUAAUGAACACCGCAGUCGAUGUUUAUGCUAAAGCUGGUCAUGAGGUGUUUGUAAAAGGACCAGUGAGACUAAUAAUUAGUGAUGAUUUGCAAGUCCUGCCCCCAGAAACUUUAGUAAGCUCUUCUUUGUUAAAGAAGGCUGGAGCCAUGGAUUCAAAUACUAUUGAAGAGUUGAGUUUGGAUAUUGGAGCUGAUGAGGUUUUGAAUUUACUUAUGUGCUCAUUCGUAUCAAAGACGCCCCUGACCGAUAUUUUUCUGAAGCGUAGACCACGAUCAAUGUUUAACAAGAACAUUGGCACUCAACAAAUUAGUAUAAAUUCUCAAAUGAUAGAAGAGGCCCGCAACAUGUAUUGGGAAGCUAAUGAAAUUUUUGUGAAGCUUAUAGUUAGCAAAUCUAAGAAUGUGGUUUGUUAUGCAGAAGCAGGGGAGGAUUUUGUUAACUUACUUUUCAGCUUCCUAAUGCUUCCACUUGGUUUCAUAUUAAAAGCAUCGCGUGAUCUUUGCUUGAAAGGAUGCAUUGAUCGCUUGUACAAAAGUGUCAAGAAUCUUGAUGGGCGGUUAUGGAAGUCUGAUACGCGCAAGGAACUGGUAGUUAGGCCCAAGCCUUCCCCUGGAUUUUGUUACCAGAACCAUCCUUUAGGAAUUGAAGAGGCCUCAAAUGUUCUUGGUGAUCAAGCCGAGAUUGUGGACCCCUUAUCACAAUAUUAUGAGGAUGAAGACGAAGACUCAAGUCUAGGUUUCUUAAAAGGACCUGCCAUGUUUAUGGUAACUGACAGUCUUGUUGUAAGCUCGAUAUCUCCGAUCCUUGGUCUGUCUGUUCUGAAUGAUAUGAAUGUGCCUAUGACUGAUGUUGAAGUGCAAACCGUGCAUGUGGGCGUGGAGGAGGCUUUUGGUCUUUUGGUGGCUUCUUUUGGUUGUGAAUCUGCUGCUCUAACCAGUGUCUUCCUUAGAAGAUAA